AUGGCACUGAGUUUUAUAGGAAAACCAAUAUCUCUCAUAUCUCAUUCCGAUGUACGGUAUCGGGGAAUACUGGCGGGCAUUGACCCUGCUGCUUCCACGAUCCAACUCUCAAAUGUGUUCUCUAUGGGUACAGAGUCGAGAAGGCCACCCUCAGAAUUCAUUCCUCCCGUCCAAGAACCAUACCAAUACAUAAUUUUUCGCGCGUCUGAGGUCAAAGAUCUUGCAGUCGAUGAACCAGCUCCUCUUCGUAGUGUUCAUGACGAUCCUGCAGUGCUGGGGGCGUCUGCUCCUGGAACCCAACCUCAGUACGGCGCAUACGGCGGUCCCCAAUACCAGCAGCCUGUCGCGGCCCAGCCGCCACCACCUCAAGUUCAGGCUCCUGCUUAUCCUCAGCCCGUGCCAGUACAAGAUGCGCCAGCUCCUCCGAUGGUCCCCGUCGUACAAACGAAUGACGCACCAGGCCCUAGCACUGGCCCGAGCCGUGUCAAUUCGGUGCACACCGCUGCUGCUUCAAUGGAAACAGUUCAACGCGCUUUAGGAGACUUACGUGGAUCUGGCAAUGCUGUGCCCACGCAUGGAGGUCGUGGCGGCCGGCGUGGUCAUCACGGCCAUGGUGGGGAGACCAAAGAUAUUAAGGUACCUUCAACAGAUUUCGAUUUCCAGAGCUCGAACGCUCGGUUCGACAAGACGGCAGUUGCACCAAAGAAGAAGGAUGGCGACAAUGAGAAUGACGUUCCCUCCGACCGUGACUCGUCGACGGACAAAAAGGAUGAUAAGGAAGAUGUGGCCUAUAACCCAACGAAGUCAUUUUUCGAUUCUUUAUCGUCUUCAACGCAGGCUGCUCCACCACCAACACGAGGCACCGGUGGACGGCGAGGUGGUGGAGGCAGAAAUCGUAGGGAGGAAGAGAGGGAGCGUAACGUUGCUACAUUUGGUGAGCCUGGGGGUGUAGGACUGAUGGGCCCAGGCGCUUAUGUCGGAGGUUGGGGUGGAUAUGGACGACGAGGAGGACGUCCAAGGGGGCGUGGUGCGCCUCCCGUCGGGGGCCGUUAG